AUGAAUCUAAAGCUGAUACUUUAAAAAUCCCAGCUGCUUUUUGUUUUGUUUUAUGAUGAUUACUUCUUGUCGUUUGGCUUGCGUGCGGUAUUUUUUUUUCCAGUCUCGUUACUCUCGUUACUCGUUACCCGCCGUGUCUCCGCCUCUGCUGGUUUAGAACCAUCGGAGCGUUUCUGUCGCGUCCGCCGCUCGCUCGCUCGCGCUGCGGUCCCUUUAAAUCCCGGGGAAGGGAGCAGCGCGUCCUGUCGGACUCGAACUUCUUCUCCCAUCCCGAUCAACAGCUGCUUACCAUUUAGGGAACUUCAACUCCAACUUUUUCUCCCACCUCCUCCUCACAUUCGGGAUUUAUUUCUUCUUCUUCUUUUUUUUUGGUUUUAUGUUGGGCGGAUGUUCAGACGCAGAGAGUCCGCACCUCUGGAAGCUCCAGCCGGGCUUUGCGCAAUGUUCCUGCGCGCUCCGCUCCUCCACAUCUGGAUUAACCAUUUGAAGCUAACGGCCCAGGUCGCAGCGCUGCCCGUGUAAACCCAUCUCCGUGGGCGGACUCUUGGUUCUCCUGCGUGGAUUAUGUUUCCUCUGAAAUGGGUGCGAACAAUGGAAAACAGUAUGGAAGCGAAGGUAAAGGCAGCUCCAGCAUCUCCUCGGACAUAAGCUCCAGCACAGAUCACACACCAACUAAAGCUCCAAAGAAUGCGGCUACCGCCGAAGAGAACAGCACCAGGACUCUGAGCACGCCCAGUCCAGGUCUGAUCCUGCCUUCCAAGUCCUCUUCUCUCUCCUCACCGGCUCUCUCCAGUAACGGCCAUGAGACCAACUCCUCGUCCUCAUCUUCUGCUCCGGCCGAGACGGUGGCGGUGAUCCACCCUCAGCCUGGCAGCCACACCCGCUCCAGACAGUCCAAAGCCCACCACCUCGCCCCCAUUGACCUCCUCCCCGACCACACCCUGCUACAGAUCUUCUCCCGCCUUUCCACCAACCAGCUGUGCCGCUGCGCACGCGUCUGUCGCCGCUGGUACAACCUGGCGUGGGACCCCAGGCUGUGGGUCAGUGUGCGGCUCACGGGGGAGCUCCUUCACGCCGACCGCGCCAUCAGGGUGCUCACCCACCGGCUGUGCCAGGACACCCCCAACGUGUGUCUGACGCUGGAGACGGUGGUGGUCAACGGCUGCAAGAGACUGACCGACCGCGGGCUGCACGUGCUGGCCCAGUGCUGCCCCGAGCUGCGCCGUCUGGAGGUGGCCGGGUGCUACAAUAUCUCCAACGGGGCAGUGUUCGAGGUGGUGACUCGCUGCCCCAACCUGGAACACCUGAACCUCUCAGGAUGCUCCAAGGUGACGUGCAUCAGUCUCACCCAGGAAGCGUCGCUGCAGCUGUCGCCGCUGCACGGCCAGCAGAUCUCCAUUCACUACCUGGACAUGACCGACUGCUUUUCCCUGGAGGAUGAGGGUUUGCGGACUAUCGCCGCGCACUGCCCCCGCCUCACCCACCUGUACCUGCGGCGCUGCGUCAGACUGACAGACGAGGCUCUGCGCCACUUGGCUCUGUACUGCUCCUCCAUCAGGGAGCUGAGUCUCAGCGACUGCCGCCUUGUGGGCGACUUCGGCCUGCGCGAGGUGGCCCGGCUGGAGGGCUGCCUGCGGUACCUGAGCGUGGCCCACUGCACCCGGAUCACAGACGUGGGCGUGCGCUACGUGGCCCGCUACUGUCCCAGACUGCGCUACUUAAACGCCAGGGGCUGCGAGGGGCUAACGGAUCACGGCCUGGGCCACCUGGCCAGAAGCUGCCCCAAACUGAAGUCUCUGGACGUGGGCAAAUGCCCGCUGGUGUCGGACAGCGGGCUGGAGCAGCUGGCUAUGUACUGCCAGGGCCUGAGGCGCGUCAGCCUCAGGGCCUGCGAGAGCGUGAGCGGCAGAGGACUCAAAGCUCUGGCAGCGAACUGCUGCGAGCUGCAGCUCCUCAACGUGCAGGACUGCGAGGUGUCGCCGGAGGCCCUGCGGUUCGUCCGACGCCACUGCCGGCGCUGCGUCAUCGAGCACACGAACCCGGCUUUCUACUGAGGCCGGGCCGAGCGUGGGAUGGUUCCCCUGACAAGUGGAUUUGGAUUUAUUCCCGCUAAAGCGUCUGCAGAGGUCAGCGGUUCAAAAUCUGGAGUGCAAUACUGGCUACAAUGUUUGGAUCCACUAGGGGGCAGCAGCUGCUGCCAUUCAGCAGAAUGUAUUUGACAUAUUGAUCUGUGAAAAGGCCCAGAAGUUGAGGUUUUCUGCAGCACACCUUUCUCCCUCUGCAGUGUAUCCUGCUAAAACACUGAGCAGCGGCUACAGCGGAGUCAGCAUCCAGAAUACUUGUAAUAUAUACAUUAUAUACAUAUAUAUAUUUUUCUAGAAGUCCUCAUCACCUUAAAGCCCUAGUAUCACUACCAUGCAUUAUUCCAACUAUUUAUAAUCUGUUCUGUGGAAGUGAGAGCGCUGCAAGAAUGCGAGCCCUUCAAACGUGCGCAUGUGCACUUUACUGUCACUCCGCCACUGCCAUGACAGAGUACCUGAUAGGAAGGGGGAGGAGCUUGGAACGGGAUCAUCGUUGGAAAUAAAUAGGACCAUGUUGCUGCUAAAGCUGUUGCCAAAAACUGUGUUCAUGAGUCAUAAAGUUUCUGGGAACGUUGAGGAAUUCCUUUUAUGGAUAAAAAAAAAAACUGGUUUUCCUGCAGAUUUUCAAGCCGUUGAUGUUCGAAAAUAAACUAGAUGUUAAAACUUUAAUGUUUGAAAAGAAACCUUUUGUCAUUUCAGAUGAUUCUUAGAAUAAAACAAACCCUUCAAACAUAAAACAGCAAAUUAAUUUUCCUUUGUGAAAGUUCUCAUUUGAACACAUUUUUUAAAUGAAUAUUUAUAUUUAUGUAGGAAACAACAUGUUUUGGUCUGAAAUUAGAACAACAUGAAAAGAACAUUUUAUUUUUUUUAAUCAAAAAUAAAGGGAUUUUGGUUU